GCCGGAAGUGACGUCACGAGAUUUGGAGCUCGCGGGAAAACUUGUAUGUGCAUCUGGGCUGAGGGCGCGCGCGCGCGCGGGGCACCUUCAGGUAUCGGACGCCGGGAACUCGGGUGGCAUGAGCCUCUGGGUGGACAAAUAUCGGCCCUGCUCCUUGGGGCAGCUGGACUAUCACAAAGAGCAGGCGGCCCAGCUGCGCAACUUGGUGCAAUGUGGUGACUUUCCUCAUUUAUUAGUGUAUGGACCAUCAGGUGCGGGAAAAAAGACAAGAAUUAUGUGUAUUCUACGUGAACUGUAUGGUGUUGGCGUGGAAAAAUUGAGAAUUGAACAUCAGACCAUCACAACUCCAUCUAAAAAGAAAAUUGAAAUCAGCACUAUCGCAAGCAAUUACCACCUUGAAGUCAAUCCCAGUGAUGCUGGAAAUAGUGACCGGGUAGUAAUUCAGGAGAUGUUAAAAACAGUGGCACAAUCACAGCAACUUGAAACAAACUCUCAAAAAGAUUUUAAAGUGGUAUUAUUGACAGAGGUUGACAAACUCACUAAGGAUGCUCAGCAUGCCUUGCGCAGAACCAUGGAAAAAUAUAUGUCCACCUGCAGAUUGAUCUUGUGUUGCAAUUCUACAUCCAAAGUGAUACCACCUAUUCGUAGUCGGUGUCUAGCAGUUCGUGUGCCAGCUCCCAGCAUUGAAGAUAUUUGCCAUGUGUUGUCUACUGUGUGUAAGAAGGAAGGUCUGAGUCUUCCGUCACAGCUGGCUCGUAAAAUUGCGGAGAAGUCCUGCAGAAAUCUCAGAAAAGCCUUGCUUAUGUGUGAAGCCUGCAGAGUACAACAGUAUCCUUUUAUGGUAGAUCAAGAAAUCCCUGAAACUGACUGGGAGGUGUAUCUGAGGGAAACUGCCAAUGCUAUUGUCAGUCAGCAGACUCCACAAAGGCUCCUUGAAGUUCGUGGAAGACUCUAUGAGCUUCUAACUCAUUGUAUUCCUCCUGAAAUAAUAAUGAAGGGCCUUCUCUCAGAACUUUUACAUAAUUGUGAUGGACAGCUGAAAGGGGAGGUGGCCCAGAUGGCAGCUUACUACGAACAUCGCCUACAACUUGGUAGCAAAGCCAUUUAUCACUUGGAAGCUUUUGUGGCGAAAUUCAUGGCACUUUAUAAGAAGUUCAUGGAGGAUGGAUUGGAAGGCAUGAUAUUUUGACAUCUGUCAGUGAUUCUUCCUAAUAUUUCUCAGUAUCAGCAUUUAUAUUCAAUUUAAUUUGGAAGAUCUGCAGAUUCUGGUGGGGACUACUUUUCAGCUGCCUGCCGCUGGACCCAGGAGGAAGCAAAAGAGCAAAGACUGGUGUAGAGUGUGGUCUCAUGAAGGUGGCCUCAUGAGAGUUCUCCUGAGGUGGACAGCCACAACUCUUGCUGACCAUAGGCUCUGAUGGAAGAAAUUUUCACAUAUUGAGCUGGAGAUCCGGACCGCGUGGUCACGUUCUAUGACGGCAGCAGAAAGAAGGAAACUUUAAAGAAGAUCUCCUAAUAGAGGUACCUCCUACACCUUUGUUUCUCAGUGUCUGGGACUUAUUUCUGUUGGUCACAUGUGAAGUUGGAAAAGCUGGGCAUAUGACUGCCCUGUACUGAGUAAAAUCCUUUUCUUUUAAUCAGAGAAAAAGGGGAAAAUUAUUAUUGGGGGAGGCAAUUAGUUGUUGUCUCUGU